AUGACCACAGAUACAGAUAAAGAAACGCCGGAUUUACACGAUGCUGCUCAAGAGGUAUUGGCUCCGAGGAAGGUUUAUAAGAUGAAAGAUUAUGUGGAGCCAAAGCAGACAGAACCAUUCAAACAUGAUUGGCGAGAUGGUGUUCCGAUAGUGAUUGAUUUCGGAAGACACACAACUCGAGUUGGUAUGGCUGGCAUGAAAGAUCCAUCAUCCGUCUUCCCCUCUAUUACAUCACACUAUAAGGAUAAGAAGCUUAAAAGAGCGUUAAAUAUGGUUGGAAAUGAUGUUCUUAUUGACUCCGGUGUGAAAUCUAACAUGAAGAAUCCUUUUGACGGGUCCAUAAUCACAAACUGGAACUCUGUUGAGUCAAUUCUUGACUAUUCAUUUUUACACGUGGGCGUUGAUUCACAAGAUUUUGUUGAGAACCCAGUAAUUAUGACAGAGCCUUUGGUUUCUCCCUUUCAACAGAGAUCAGGAUUAACAGAGCUUUUGUUCGAAACAUACAGCGUGCCAAAGUGCACUUUUGGAGUCGAUUCCCUUUUCAGUUUCUAUUAUAAUGGGGGAAACACUGGAUUAGUUAUAGGGUCAGGUUACAACUCAACGAAAUUGAUUCCGGUUGUUGGGGGUAAACCUAUCUUGGAUGUUUCAAAGAGAAUUGAUUGGGCUGGAAGACAAGCUGUGGAGUAUCUUAGUUCAUCCUUGCAAUUAAAGUAUCCAUACUUCCCCUCUAGGAUAAAUGAUUUUCAGGUUGAGAAUAUGGUUAAAGACUUUUGCUAUGUUUCAAAUGAUUACCAGCAUGAAGUAUCCCACUACCUUGAUUUGGAUAAUUUGGAAAAGAAGGAUAUAACACUAGAAGCACCUUUUAAUGAGAUUGCGAAGCAAGAAAAAACGGAGGAGGAGCUUCGGCAAGAAGAAGAAAAAAAGAAGCAGACAAUGAAGAAACUCCAAGAACAGGCACGUGAGAGAAGGCUUCAAAAGCUUUUAGAAAAGGAGCAUGACUAUGAAUAUUUCACCACAAUGGAGACCAAACUUAAGAGCAUGAACAAAAAGGAAGUGGUGAGCACUUUAAGAGAAGCUGGAUUUGAUGAUGACAAGGACUUGCAUAACUAUAUUUCAAACCUUGAGCGCUCCUUAAAGCGUGCGAGAAACCAGGAUGUGGGCGAAAAUGAUGCAAGUGACCAACCACCAUCAUUUGAUUUGAUAGAUAUACCUGAUGAGAAAUUAGAUGAAGAGCAAAUUAAGGAGAAGAGAAAACAACGUCUAAUGAAAGCUGGAUACGAUGCCAGACAGAGAGCCAAGAAAGAGAAGGAAAUUGCUAGAAAGACUGCCGAAGAGGCCGCUAAAAAGGAUGAGGAGUGGAGGAAAUCAGAUUUAAGUUCGUGGAUUGCAGCCCGUAGAAAGAGAUUACGUAUAUUAAAAAAAAGGAGAAAGGAUAGAAUACGUCUGAAGGAGGAACUAACGGAUAGAAAAUCCAGAGCAUCACAGCUGAGAAUGAAGAACAUUGCCUCUUUAGCUAGCGAAGAGUCGGAAGGACGUGGUGGAAGAAAGAGAAAAGCAACAAAUGUGACAAUAGACAAUGAUCCAAAUGAUACGUUUGGCGCAAAUGAUGAUGACUGGUCUAUAUAUAGGGACAUUGCUAAAGGUUCAGACUCAGAUGUUGAAGAGGAAUAUGAAAAGAGAAUAUAUGACCUCGAGGAAGAACUUCUGAGAUAUGACCCGGAAUUCACAAUAAAUGAUACAUUACAAGCACAGUACAGCUGGAAGAAGUCUAUUAUUCAUAGAUUUGUCAGAGGACCAAGAGAUUGGGAUCCAGAUGAACAGCACCAGCAACAUCAGAUUCAUCUUAAUGUUGAGCGUAUCAGAGUGCCAGAAAUUAUAUUUCAGCCAUCGAUUGCAGGCUUGGAUCAAUGCGGGUUGGGUGAGCUUUGUGAACAAACUGCACUUAAGCGUCUACCUUCAGAGUUGGGAUUUUCUGGUGAUGACGUUAGUUCGAUCGUGGGUGAUGUUUUUCUUACUGGUGGUUCCACACUGUUUAAAAACUUUGAUUCAAGGCUUCGUCUUGAGUUUGAAUCUUUUCUCCCGGUAGGAAUGAAGUUCAAUGUUCGUCGUGCUGAAGAUCCGCUUUUGGAUACUUGGAGGGGAAUGGCUAAAUGGGCUGUGACUGAUGAAGCAAAGAGCAGUUAUAUUACAAAAAAGCAGUAUGAGGAAAUGGGACCUGAAUAUUUGAAGGAGAAUCGUAUGGGAUGUGCUCAUUUAUUGUAA